UCCAGUCCCUCUCUGACUUAUCUCUUCCAUCUAUGGCCUUUCCUUCUUUGACUUGUCCUCCCCCUCUUCGACUUUUCCCUUCCCUCUACUGGAAAUCUGGAGUUUUUUAUCAAGUCAAGCCGCAUAAAAUUUCUAUCUCCUAUUUAUUAUAAAAUUUAUUUUUAUUUUUUAAAGAUUUAAUGGUUGGAUUUGGUUCAUCUUUUACUAUAGCUAAAUUACAAGGAAAAGAAAUCACGAUUAGAUCAGAUCCAGUUAGCAAUGUAAUGUUUCUUUUCCUUGGAAUUUCUUUAUUUACAACUUUAACAUUUUUAUUUUCACAAAAAUUUAAUAUAGGAAGAUUACAUGGUCUCACAUUAUUAUUUGUUUAUUUAAUAUUUAUUAUUUGCGUAAUUUUAUCCCAAUUGAGCUUUCUUCCUUUUCCUUUUUAA